AUGAAUUAAAGUAAAGUUCUUAGAGUGGACAUAGUAGAUUAAAAGAACCAUUAAGCUAUUAUGGAAAUGCCUAAGGAUUAUCGAAAAGAGCAUUUUAUAAUCAGAAAGAAUGAGAUAAGAAUUAAGAAAGAAGAGGUGCAGCCACCCAAAAAGAUGUAGAGAUUUAUUCUAUGUUGUAGAGAUGCUGAUUAAUAUAAUACAAAGGAGUAUUAUUAAUAGAGGAAGAAGAAUAUGCUAAUAAUUCGAGAUGAUCGAGAAAAAUAACCUUAUUAAACUUAAAGUUUGAUCCUAUUGAAAUGUAAGGGUAAAUACUCAUUGUCUUUUGUUUCUUAAAAGUCAGAAGUUUAUAAGCAUGUAUUUUAGUUAACUUAAUUAAAGAUUUCUGAAGAGUUCUAAAACAAGCUUUUUAAAGAUAUUGACAAGGGAUUGGAUGCAAGGAAAAAUUAAGAAAACAGAGAUAAGGUGGAUAUUAGGGAGAAGAAAUAGAUUGCAGAAUAUAAAAAUGAUCUUUCAGAUUCCGAUGAGGAGGAUUCAUUUUCAAAUAAAAAAAACUAGGUAGAAAAAAAUAAAUAAAGGAAAAAUAUCACACAAACUUGA